CAACUGGAGGCCAAAUUUCAAUUCGCCAUGCCCCGUCGCAACUUGUCUGAAUUCCCAGGACGCCAAGAGCCGUCGUCGAUGACAGUUGAAGAAGCCCCGACGCAGGUGAAUUCUGAAGGUGUGGAACUCGUAGAACACAGUUCGCACGAGUCGACGUCGAUCACAACACCACCUCCGCCUCCCCAGGCUACUGAGGGCACCGCUCCGCCGCAAUCUUCUCUUUCACCUGACGAAGUGUAUGCCCGCGCUUUGGAUCAGCAGCUCAACCGCCCUCCUGGACUGGUCAUGGCGCAGCCAGUGCUCCAAGUCCCAUUCAACUGCGGGUCGUGCGGCACCACCCACGAUGUCCAGCGAGCAGCACCAGGCUCUCAAUUUCAAUGCACAGUCUGCGGGGUGAUGAACUUACUGCCAGCCGCCGCCCAUACCCAAUUCGUCAUGGUUGAGCCCACGCCAUUCCUUUGCAACUUGCAGUAAUAACAAAAAUCAACACAAACUUCUAUUAUUCUCAA